AUGGCGGCACCGCUCGGACGGGACACCCUACCUGACCACUGGUCCUAUGGAGUUUGUAGGGAUGGCCGCGUGUUUUUUAUCAAUGACAAAACUCGCGGUACCACUUGGCUUCAUCCGCGAACUGGCGAACCUGUUAAUUCCGGACACAUGAUACGUUUAGAUUUGCCGAGAGGAUGGGAAGAGGGCUUUACGGACGAAGGAGCGAGCUACUUCAUCAACCACAACGUGAGGUGUACAUCAUUUCGCCACCCUGUUACUGGGCAGAUUUCUCCAGAAAACACGGAAUACACGCUACAGGACAAGAUCGAGUCCCGCAUGUCCAAUCACAGAUCACCCAGUAUGGUCACAAAGUCCUCCAAGCCUAUGGCCUCUGCGACUAUGGAUUCUGCCUCGACCUCAAAGGGAUCCAGAGGUUCGAGCAAAUGCCAUAGUUUUGGCAAGAGGGAUCAAGCUAUUAAACGAAACCUCAACAUCCCAGUGGUUGUAAGGGGCUGGCUUUAUAAACAGGACAGCUCUGGAAUGCGACUCUGGAAGCGAAAGUGGUUUGUUUUGUCCGACUUCUGCUUAUUUUAUUACAAAGACAGCCGUGAGGAGACGGUCCUUGGUAGCAUUCCUCUGCCCAGUUACGUAAUCUCACCGGUUGCGCCUGAGGACCAUGUCAAUCGCAAGUAUGCUUUUAAGGCAAGCCACACAGGAAUGCGCUCCUACAUCUACAAUAAGAACUCUGUGAUUGGCUCUCAGGCUGAACACUGCGGGAUGCGGACGUAUUUCUUUAGUGCGGACACACAAGAGGACAUGAAUGGCUGGAUCCGGGCCAUGAACCAGGCAGCGCUGAUGCAGCAGAGUCACACCAUUAAGAGAGAGAUUGAGAAGCCAGAGAAAAGUGUACAGCAGGUGCUUCCUCAAAGCAACCACGUCAACCAGACCACAACCCAGACAGAAACCUUUCCAAAAACAGACAGAGAGCACCCUUGGGAAGAUGGUGUUCGACUAUCCCCCGGAGAAGAGAGGAGGUAUGUGUUGGAGGUCCAAGGGAGGCCUAGACUUUCUGAUCCAAGGGAGAGGCUCUCGCCAAACUCUGUGGAUGGUGCCCCUCAAAGGAAUGGCCAUCUGAGCGUCCAGCAAGUGCCUGUGCCCUCGGAACACCACAAUGGAAACCUGUUGUAUCCAAGGGGGGCUGAUGCAGAGAAACACGCACAGAGGAAAAAUGCUCUGGCUCAAGUGGAGCAUUGGGUCAAAGUUCAGAAGGGCGACCCGCCAAAAAGCGCCCCCUCUGCUGAGUACAACCUCCCUCGGCGAACUCCCCCCCUACAGUCCAAAGUCAGCACAGCGGACACGUCCUGCCAGUCAAUGCCAAAGUCCCCCCGCCUCCCGUCCGGCAGCACCUCCCCCUCGUUUAACCUCCCCAGUGACUACAAGUACGCCCACGACCGACUGAGCCACUUCCGCAUGUCCACAGAUGAGCGCGUGGCCAGCAAGGAGGGGAUGGUGUGGCAGCUGUACGAGUGGCAGCAGAGGCAGCAGUUCCGGCACGGCAGCCCCACAGCACCCGCAUACGCCGGCCCCAACUUCACUGACUCAUCCUCUUUCACGGUCACUGUGGAAAUGCCACGCUCCAUCUCUGUGCCGCCGUCGCCGUGUGAAGUCCCACCAUCCGUCUCCCCUUCUUUCCAGCCCCUGUCACCUCGCAGGCCGCACACACCUUCGGGCAGACGGACAGUCAGGCCUCUUGAUGAUAUGUCGAGUGAGGACAAAACUGGAGCGACAUCCCCUGCUCACAUCUUCACUCGCCUCUCACAGACCUCCCAGAUUGCCAGACGCUCCAUGCCAGCCAUGGGCUACAUCACACACACUGUCAGUGCACCCAGCUUGCAUGGCAAAACGCCCGAGGAGCUGACUCUUCUCCUCAUUCAGCUGCGGAGACACCAGGCCAAGAUGGCCGGUGGACAAAGCCCAGCCAGUGCCGGUGCGGGUGGUGCGUUCGCUCAUCUGCAGCGUCAGCAGCACAACGGCCUCCACGGCCCCCGCGUGCAGGCUGAUGAUACUUAUGUACAACUGAAGAAGGACCUGGAGUAUCUAGAUCUGAAGGUUACUGGACGAGAAAGCCUCAGAAAAGAAGCGCAAAGGCCGGUGAAAAUAGCUGAAAGUGAUGCUGAUGUGAAAUUAAGCCGACUGUGUGAACAAGACAAGAUUCUGCAGGAGCUAGAAGCUAGGAUACGCACACUAAAAGAAGAUAAGGACAAGCUGGAGUCAGUGUUGGAUGUAUCCCACCAGCAGAUGGAGCAGUACAAAGAUCAACCAGCCCAUAUGGAGAAAAUUGCCUACCAGCAAAAACUACUGCAGGAGGAUGUGGUGCACAUCAGGGCGGAAAUAUCCCAAGUAUCCACAGAGAUGGAAAAUGCGUGGAAAGAGUACAUUAGGCUGGAGAAAGAUGUGGAUUGGCUAAAAGCGGCCCUGCAUGGACAUAUGACUCGUACUGACCUUUCUCAGCAAGAAAAAGUCCAGAUGAGGAAAGAGCUUUGGAGAAUCGAGGAUGUUAUCGCAGGCCUCAGCAGCAGUAAAGACAACUACAAAGUCACUAUCUCCUCUGUGACUAACCCAGAGAGGAAAUUUGUGCCUUGUGUGUCAGCGUCAUCAGUGCCUUCAAUAUCUGGAAGCCCGCCUGCUAUGGAGAUGAGAUUGUCCCAGCAGCAGCAGCAGCAGCACAGCCCCCACCUCAGUCCUAGAAGCCACAAUGCCACAACUUUCACGCUAUCCACCAGUCACAGUCAUCAGCCCUCACUGCACUCUACAAGCACCACGACUGGAAGUACAUGGGCUGAGGAAGAUGUGCCCCCCCGACCGCCUCUACCUCAAGUAUACAGUCCUGAUGAGCACCCUCCUGCCGUGCCCCCCCUGCCCAGGGAGACGACAGUUAUCAGACACACGUCAGUGCGCGGACUCAAGCGACAGUCUGACGAACGGAAGAGGGACCGAGAGAUAGGCCAAAAUGGAGAUGUUAAGGUUGAGCUCAGGCCUUUCCUGAGCGAUCCUGAGCUGGUGGGUGCAGGAGACGGCUCCAGCGUCACUGGCAUGACGUCGUCAGGACACAACGGAGGUUAUCAAACGUUACCAAGCAGAGGAGUAUCCGGCUCCUCCCUCAGAAUGAAUCACUCCUCAAGCAUCUCUUCUUAUGUGACCUUACGAAGAGCGACUUCAGCUCCUGGUGUAAAGGAGCGAUCCAAAAGUGCCUUAGAACGUCUCUACUCUGCGGAUUCCGUGCCUCAGCGCGGGCGGAUGAGUGCCGAUGAGCAGCUGGAGAGGAUGAAAAGGCACCAAAAGGCUCUGGUGCGGCAGCGCAAGCGCACCUUAAGCCACGGGGACCGCCAUGCCUCUGCGUCGCAGCGUUCUUCCGCCUCCGUGUCCUCCCGCCCACUCUCGGACGACUUUGGAUCUUGGCGGAGAGAGCAAGAAUUUGACCUGCAACUUUUGGAAAGGGCAGUUCAAGGUGAGGAGGCUCAAAGUGUGAGGAGCGUCCAGGGGGAGGAGAGGCCCCCCGAGCACAAAGAGAGACCCCGUUCGCACUCGGAUGACUGGUUGACCUUCAGCUCAGCGACGGGGACCCCCGCCGUCCAAGAUGGCGUGGAAACAUCAGACUACGAUGCGGACUUAAUCAAAGAGCUGUCAAAGCCUGAGAAGGUCUUGAUUCCAGAGCGAUAUGUAGAUUUGGAGCCAGAGGAGCCUCUGAGUCCUGAGGAAAUGGAGGAUCGUCAUCGGAAGGUGGAGCGGAUCAAGAGCAUUUUAGCAAAGUCCAGCGUUCAGAACCUGGCACCGGCAUUAUGUGCUGACAAGUCUGAAGUGAGCCUGCUGGGGCUUGACUCGGUUCUACAGGAGCAGGAGAGGAUCAUCACCAUGUCCUAUAUGCUGGCCUCUGAAGCCUCCCUCAAGAGCAAACGGGUCACAGUUCCAUUACAGUCUACCAGUCCUGUACCACCACCUCCUCCUCCUCCACUUCCGCCUCCCCCUCCUCCUCUUCCUCCUGUAUCUGCGGUAUCUUCCUCCUCCUCUUCCUCUCCUCUAAGCAACGGGAUUCACUACACCUUUGUGUAA